CAAAGAGAUGGUCUGUGAGACAAAGGGUAGGCAGGGUGAUGAUGUUCGACAAGAGAUUGAAGGUGCAGGAACGCAGUCUGCGGAGAUUGCAGAGGAAGAUUGUGAUGCAGAGUAUGGUGGGUGGAACGAUCUUUUCGGCCUUGUCAGCUGUGGUCUUCCUAUUGCUUCCGAUAUGGAAGGAGACGGUUUGGGAUGACUGAUGAUGGAUGGAAGGUGUCGAGGUUCGGUGUUCUGUUCCCAUCAGGAGGGUUCUUUUUUUUUUU